AUGAGUAAACAAGAAGACACUGAACCAGUUGAAAAUGUUAUGAAUGAAGAAGAGGAAGAGGAAGAGGAGGAAGAAGAAUUAACUGAAGAACAAAAGAGAGAAAUAGAAAAGAUGCAAGAGGCUAAACUGAAAGAAACGCACGGUACAGGUGUAAAGAACACAAAACAUUCGUAUUUAAUCAAAAAGGAUCGUAAAAAGUUUGACUCUGCUGACUAUGCCAUGAAAAAGAACUCGGCUGAAAACAAGGGAGAGCCAGUGCCAAAAGCCAUCAAAAAGGGUGAAAUUACCAACAGAUUUGGAAGUCACUUGACUGAAAAGAAGUAA